AGCCCCAGCCCCGCUCCCCCGGCGGCCCUAAGCGGCUACUUCCGCGUUUGGUCACAUGACUAGCUGCGCUGCUAUUCCGUCAGCCAAUCAGCGCCCAGCCUUCCUCGUGACCUUCGCCCCGGCGGUGCCGUGUCAAGAUGGCGCUGUCCAUGGCCGGCUGCCGCGGGCUGCUCUGGCGCCUCGGGCCCGGCCCCGCCGCCGGCCUCAGCCGCGCCCGGGGGGAGCUGAGGUUCCCGGGGCGCUGCCUCUCCACAAAGGCCGGCUCCAGGUCUGUCCUGGCCGCUCUGGUCUCCACGGCGAAGCGCAUCAACAGGAGGUACGAGAGGUUCCUGGAGCGCACGUUCCCCCGGUUCUAUGUGCUCCAUUCCACGUUCAUCAGAGGAAUCCAGGCACUCUUCUUGGAGGUGAAAGAGAUCAGAGACAUCCGCUCCCGAAUGGCCCGUCAGAGGCUGAGCGUGCAGCAGCUGCCCUACCGGGACAUGGAGCGCCUGCGGCAGUUCCGGAGGGACCUGAUCAAGGCUGUUCCCAUUGGAAUUAUCGCCAUCCCGCCCUUCGCCAACUUCUUGGUCAUCAUCCUCAUGUAUUUCUUCCCACGCCAGCUCCUGAUCCGCCACUUCUGGACCCCCAAGCAGCAGGUUGAGUUCCUGGACACGUACGACGCCAUCCGGAGGGAUUCCUACCCGGCCGUGCUGGAGAGCUUGGCCCGGGCAGCGCGUUCCCUGCCUGACCCACAGCUCCAGACCCGCCUGCAGCAGCUCUGCGCCGAGGUGCAGCGCGGCUCCCAGCCCCGCGUGGCCCAGCUCUGUGCGGUGAGAAGCGUGUUCUCGGGCUCUCCACUGGCUCUGAACCACCUCCAGGUCUCCCAUGUGAAAGCCCUGAGCCGGGUCCUGUUCCUGACCCCCCACUUGCCGGCCCCUGUCCUGCGGCAGCGCCUGCGGAGCCACGUGCUGGAGAUCCGGCAGCUGGACCGGGCCCUGCAGCGCCUGAGCGUGGGGCAGCUCUGCGAGGAGGAGCUGCGCGCGGCGUGUUACCUCCGGGGCCUGAACUCCGCUUACCUUGACGUGGCCUCGUGCAGAGCGUGGCUGGAGCAGUGGCUGGGGCUCUCCUGCAGGCUGGAAGCCUCCGAAGCCUCGCUCCUGGCCAACAGCAUGGUGCUGCUGUCCCUCAACUACGUCAGGCCCAAGAAGUGAGGGGUGAGCCCGUGGCCUCCCCCCGGCAUCGCGCCCGGACCUGGCGCUUCCCAGCCUGGUGCUGCCCAAAGCCCACCCUGGGGGUGAACCCCCCACCCCGAGCUGCUGCCAUGGGGUGAGGACGCGGUUCCCUCCCUCCUGCCCUGGCUCUGCGCUUCCCCUUUAUGCUGUGGGGCUCAGCCCCAGCCUGGGCUGUGACGCUUCAAGCCCAGGAGGGGAGAAGCUGCCCGUGGCCCUUCCCUUGGUGUCUCGUAGCAGCAGGUUCUGUUCAGCUUGGGUUUGCCUCGUGCAGAGGGUUCUAUGUGAGCUCCUUUGCUCCACGGAGCAGUCUGAGGCACCAAGAUCUCCUCGAGGGAUUAAGCAAAGACCAAACCCCUGUGCCCGCCCCGGGAGCAGCAGGGAAAGGGGCUCCUGUGCUUUGUGCUGCUGCCUCCUGGGCAGAGGCGGCUCUGGGGGCUCUGAGGCAGCUCCCUGCCACCUUCUGGGGUCCAAGGCCACUGUGUGCCCCCUCCCUGCAUGAGAACCCCCCCAACACCCCCCUGUGAGUGACCCCAACCCAACACCCAAGUGUUUGAUUAAAGACCAACUCAAGCUGGUGGCGCGAGCGUCUCCCUGGUGCCUCCUGCGCCGUGUCCCAGCUCCAGCCUCCCAUGGCCAGGGCACGCUGAUACUUGGAAUGGUAUAAAGGAGGGGUAGGAAUCACCCCCGCACAGCUCCAAGCUGGAAACGCUUCCCUGACCCUCCCCAUUCCCAAGAGGAACUCCCUGGGAUGGGUUUAAGACAACUCGCUGCACAACUUGGAGCCUUUUAUUUUUACACUUAAAUACUCUCUUUAAAUACAGCGUUCACCGGGAGAGCAGAAAAGGCUGGGAAGGAAAAAUACUGAGGCCAAGCUUUGGAUUCACAGUGGGAAAUGGGACCUCAAACGCCGCCGUAGGCAGGGAGCGGGGCGAGGGGGGGGAGCUGCACUCACUGGUUUAACUGGGCCGAGGUGCCGCAGCUCCGGUAGCACCAGGUUGGAGCUGGGCUGGUGGGUUCUGACACGGUGACAAAUGGAGCAGGAACCAGGGAGGACGUUCAGAUGAGCCCAAACCCAUGAGAACAGGGAGAACGCUCCAUGGGGAGUAGCAGAGGAAGGGGGGAAAUAAAGACUUGGAGCCAUUCAA